GUAUGUAUUAAGCACAUACAUAGUCACUUGUUUUCGAAAUAAAUCAUUGAUAAUAAUUUUUGUUAUAAUCGCUUGCUGUUCCACUUCGAAACUAAUCAAAUACCUUCCUUAACAUUAUUCAUUUUGGUGUAGUGUUGUAGUGACUUUUAAAAUAAAGAAAUACUGAAAAAUGCAUUUAAGGUUAAGUUAUGUUCUUGGAUUGUUCUUGAUUAUCUGCUGUCAUAAUAAUUUAGUAACUGCUGGAUUAAGCGAUGAAAUUAAACAAUUAUUUGAAGAAUUUCGACUUCGAAUGUGUCAUCCUUUCCCACAAUGGAAUCUACCUGCAUUGGAUCCGUUAGAAAUAGAACAUGCGGAAUUACAUAAGGAUAAUAAUAUUUUCAAAAAUUUUUCAGCUUCCGUAACAAAUCUCAAAGCUACUGGGCUUUCAGGUUUUAUAAUCAAUGAAGUUAAAAUUCCAAUUCUGCAAAAGUUCAAAUUAAAUAUAACAUUGCCAUUGGAGGAACUUCAAUCGAAAUACACAGCAAUAGGAUCACUGGGAAGUGUGGUGAAUUUAGUUGGAGAUGAUAAAUUGAUUGUUCGCUUGAAAGAUGUGAAUAUGGUUGUCACUGGUAAUCUAAAAGUAGGAUUAACUUUUGGAAUAAAAAAUCUUAAAAUUCAGUUCGCCAUUGGUAAUUUAUUUGUUGAUAUGGGUAAACUAAUGGAACACGAUAGAAUCAAUACAUUUGUUCAUAAUCUGAUCAAUGAUUUGGCAAUUGAAUUAUUUGGAGAUUAUUGGGAUGACUAUGGUGAAUCGUUGACCAAAAACCUCGAAAGUCUUGUUAACAAGAAAAUGUCAAAAUAUACUUUGAAAGAUAUAAUUGGAAUUAUAUCUGGAUCAGGAAAACCAAUAUUUGGUGACAAUCCACCAGGAGAUUGCAAAAAUCAAAUUGAUGAAAGUGAACCAAAGAAACCAUAGUUUUAUAUACAAAAAAGUAGUGGUGAAAGAAUUUAUAAUAAAGUGUUAAAGUGAUUCUGAUUAUGUUUUUAAUAAGACCAA